CACAGGCUGGACAACUGUGUAUCCAAAAAGAACUUGAAGAAGUAAAGAAGAAUGAGGUUGAAGGAGUUGGAGAGUUAUCUCCAGGAUGUGGAGACGUUUGAGGAGCCCAAGGUUCUGUUGGAGCAGUACCCAACAUCUCCACAUCCAUGUGCCAGUCUAACUGCACAGACCUGGAGCUGGAUAACAUACACCUGGUACAGGCUGACGUCACACACCUGCACACCUGUCCGGGCAGGUGGCACAAGGCCUUCGACACCGUCAUCAUGAACCCACCGUUUGGCACCAAGAAAAACUGGGGAAUUGACAUGAUAUUUUUGAGAACAGCACUGGACAUGGCCACAGAAUCAGUUUACUCUCUCCACAAAACCUCAACAAGACAGCAUAUCAAGAAGAAAGCCAAAGAGUGGAAUGUUUCUAUGGAGGUCAUUGCAGAAUUGAGAUUUGAUCUUCCAGCUAUGUAUAAAUUUCACAAGCACAAGUCGGUGGAUAUUGAAGUGGACUUUAUCAGAUUUUCUUUCCCGAGCAAAUAAGAAAUCAUCAACAUGUACAUGUACAUGAUGGACCAGGCAAUGGAUCAGGAGGGGCAGACCUAUGUUUCUCUGGAAACUCUUGGGAGUUAAGUAUGUGUAACACGAACUCCAGGCCUGUAACUUGCCCUUACCUUCUAGGAGGCCAGCCAGAUGUUGAACGGUCUGCUAUAAGCUAGAUUUAAUCAGACAAGUUGGAGUUGGGCCACCUAAAACUUUAUCAGACUUUAUGGUAUAACCUUAUACAUGUACUCCAUAGGACAUCCUAUGUAUGGCUAUGUAUGUCUUGAACAUUGAAUUGCAUUAACAGGUUUCGUGAUACUGUUUCAGUCAUACAUGUUGUUGCAUACUCAGCUAGUUUGUUACACUUAAUAUGUGAACAAGUGUUCGACAGAUGGAGGCCUGGUGUAAAAUCUCCAUGAUCUCCAAAAUAUCAAUGCAGUGCAAUGGCUAACAGUGUUGCAGUACUUCAUUGAACUGCUAGGGGUCGCUUUUGAUCCAUGCCAUUCAUCCUGGUGACUUAGACUUUGACUUUAUUCAGAUCCACUUUUAGCUAACAACUUAGCAGCUGGUAUUUGAUGCACUAACUGCACUGUAAAGUUGCCAACAAGUUGAAGAGAAGAAAAUACCUUGUACAGUUUAUGCUGUUUUAUCUGUCAAUAUGUCCCCUGGUCCAAAACUUAUAAAUACCGAAAGAGAAAAAACGUACCAUGAACCAACAAAGACACUUUUGUAUGGACUCAUAAACUUUUAUUUUACAAAGGGUCCAUGACAAAGUCAUGGAUAUAAUACAAUUUAUAGAACAUUCUUGUGUACAGUAAUAAUCAAGACCAACAUAUAUUCCUUCUUAUUAUUAGUUAAUAAAUACCAAUAGAAGUGACAGUAUUUUUUCCAACUAUCUGUACAACUAUAAAGUGUAACUUAUUGUUAAAAAUGACGAUGUACAUUGUAUAAAGCAUCCAAGGCAGGCUCUAUAAAUUAGGCUUAUUUGGGCUCUUAUGUUGUGCUCUUUUCUGUGGCAUACAUGUAUAAGCUACAUAUCAGUUCUCAACACAUGAACAUUGUAGAGCAUGCUAAGGAAGCUGGCUACAUACGUACUGAUUUUAGAUUUUCUCGUAUGAAUACAGACUUAACUCAGGAUUUAUCAACACAUAGAAGAACACAUAGAACCGGUAAUAUACCCCAGUCAUGGAUAAAAUCUUAAUUGACAGUAGACCAGACAAAUAAGAUAACUGGUGUCUGUACUUUCAUUGUCCUCUCCCACUAAAACAAAACACCGAUUCCUGCUGAUGUUUCAAUUCAAACUAAAAGAUGAAAUGGCAGACAAACUUCUUCUUUUUUUUCAGAUUUUAACUGAACUUGUUCUUCUGUCAGAAAUUUUGUGUGGACUUCAUUUAGGUCUGCCAAAAUCUGUCUCAGUCUCAGUUCAUUUUUAAAAAAGUGGAAAGUCUGAAGACUUGAAAGACAAUGGGAUAACUUGGCAUCUUUUCUACUCUUAUAUUUAUGUAACUAAACCAGAAUAAGUCAUCAAAUUUGUCUGGCGUGUAUUGUUAGUCUAGUGCAAUAUAACAUACUUAAUUAGUGCAGCAAUGUUCUUCACUGGUAUCAAACAUAACAAUACAUGUAAUAGUUACAUACAAACUCUUACAUAGGUCAUAAAAAUAACAAUACUUUGCAUAGGUACAAUUCCUAUCGGUUUUGGCAACAUUUCCGCCUUAACAGAUAGAAAUGCACAAGAUUUAACUUACAAUACUAUGUUCAUGAUACUCAUCAAAACACAAAAAUUCACUGUUUUAUACAAGCAUAACAGACAUGAAUGUCGUAACCUGCUAUAAGUACAAAAGUACAAAAACAUAAACAAGAUUGGAAUUUCUGGUUUCUUGGUCUAAACAUCCACUGCUAUCAAAUUUCAAAAUAAUACAUACAUCAAGUUUCAUAUCAAACAAUUGUGCUAACUCUUUAGCAUAGCAAGUUAUGCUUAAGAUACCUUAUCUAUAUCUUUGCCCAGCAAAGACUUUUCCUCACCAUUCUUAAACCACUUUUGUCCAAUGACCCCUUCUAUAAAAUGGUAUCAACCACAUUUCUUCAGAAAUCACAGUGGUGUGAAACAGUCCAUUUCAGAGUAGGGGUGUUCUGCUAAACAUCUCCAUAAAUUUAUCAAGGAGGCCUCUAUAUAACCUUGAAUUUAUCAAAAGAAGACCACUAACCAAAGUUUAUUUACAACUCACAGGAACAAUAUAUCUUCACUGCUUAACAG